GCAGUGCGCCGGAGGGGGGUGAAGCAUCCAGGAUCGGUCAGGAUCGUUUUGUUUGUGCGCUCUACCCUCUCACAGAGAAACCUGCUCCUGCUGACAGUGGAUAAGGAGCACUAUGGUUUAUUGCUUUUUUGAUGGAGCACACGAAAACGCCUAAUCAUGAGGUGCUUUUUCCUAGGCCUACUUGUUGUCCUUGUUUUUCUCCUGCAAAUUGUUUGGUGUGAGCCAGUCAUCUCCCCCGGCGGACCUCAUGUGGUUGUUCCCAAGGGGGGUAAACUGGAGCUUCGUUGCCAUGAAAACGCCACAGUGUCUGGCACCCCACUGCCGAAGCUGCUCUGGCAGAGGGAGAGGCCACGGCGUUUGGAGGGAGACGUGGAAGAAGGUGCAGUGGUCUACGUGAAGGUGUCCUCCGCUCAGGGGUCUCACAUGGGCCGAUACGUGUGUCUCAACAACAACACCCUGGAACACAGUUCUGUUUAUGUUUAUGUGAAAGAUCCUCAAAAUAUCUUCCAGCGCACCAUGGUAAACGUCAUAUUGGUGCGAGCUGGUGAAAGCUGCACCAUCCCUUGUCUUGUGACGGACCCCAAUGUCACCCACAUGGCCUUGGACACUUGUGAUGGGCGACCUUUGCCCUCAGGACUGAGUUACCGGAGCAACCCUCAGCGAGGUGUUAUCAUCAGCGACGCACAAAAAGGAAUUGAGGGCUGUUACGUCUGUGUGGGGAGGCUGGCUGGACAAAGAGUGGUUUCCAUGUCAUAUAAAGUGGAGGUGCGCUCUGUGCCAGAAGUGCCUCCGGUUAUCCGACUCUCCCAUAAAGACACUGUCAUAUUGAAAAAAGGGGAGCAGUUUGAAGUUACCUGCAGCUCAUCCAAUGUCGACCCAGACUUUAGCGUCAAAUGGGACUUUCCCUCAUCUGUGGAUCCAGUUGAAUCCCAUGGCUCCCGCAUCCUUUCAGUCUCCCACGGUUAUGAGAGAUCUACCUCACUCUUGAUCACAUCUGUGAAGCAGUCACACUCUGGCGUGUAUCGCUGUGAUGCUCAUAAUAAGAGAGGCAACAGUUCUAGGACCCUGCACUUGGAUGUUCGCGAUAAAGGAUUCAUCAGCGUGUUGGGACAUUCUGGACCAGUGCAGGCUGUGGUUAAAGAAGGAGAGAGCUUGAGUCUCAAAGUGCAGUUUGAGGCUUACCCUGCCCCCAGAUCCCUGUCCUGGUCUUUCAACGGCAAACACCUGCUCAAUACAACAGAGCACUUCAUCACGGUGCACAAGAAGAAGUACAGAUAUGAGAGCGAGCUCAGGCUGGUGAGGGUUGUUGGCUCGGAGGGAGGCAUUUAUCUGUUCUCUGUCAGCAAUGAAGAAGUAGAUGUCACUCACUCGUUCCACGUCUACGUCAACAGUAAACCCAUGAUUAUUGCGCAGGAAGGGCCUGUAGAUGGACAAGUGCGAUGCAUUGCUGCUGGAUUUCCGGUCCCGAAAAUUAGCUGGUUCUUCUGUGAAGUGCCUAACACCAGGUGCUCACACCUGCCCAACGCCUCUCAGUGGGAGAACUCCGACGUUUCCAUAGUGACUGAGUCCGAAUUCGGUCGCAGCGAGGUGGAGAGCCGUGUGAACAUCAGCAAGGAGCACGCGCAGUACAAUACCCUGGAAUGUGUGGCCUACACUGAGGGAGAUGAGGCCUACACCCUGUUCUCCAUCAGUGAGCGAGUUGUUCCACAUAAACUCUUCACCCCGCUGCUCAUUGGGAUGGUGGCCACUGGGGCGGUCCUCACCUGCUUUCUGGUGGUGCUGCUUUACAAGUAUAUGCAAAAACCUAAAUUCCAGAUUCAGUGGAAGGUCAUUGACAGUAUCCAUGGCAACAACUACAUUUAUAUUGACCCCACCCAGCUCCCGUACGACUCCAAAUGGGAGUUUCCACGACAGAAACUGCGCUUUGGUAAAACACUGGGCUCUGGUGCAUUUGGUAAAGUCGUGAAAGCCACUGCGUAUGGACUGUGCUCUGCUGAUACAGUCACAACAGUCGCGGUAAAGAUGCUCAAACCCAAUGCCCAUGCGACCGAGAAGGAGGCUCUGAUGUCGGAGCUGAAAGUUCUGGGUUACCUUGGAAACCACAUGAACAUCGUUAACCUGCUGGGGGCCUGCACUGUCGGAGGGCCGAUUUUGGUGAUUACCGAGUACUGUUGCUAUGGCGACCUUCUCAACUUUCUUCGAAGGAAACGAGAAUCUUUCCUAAAUGCACAAAUUAGUGACGGUUACUAUCGCAACAUCUUCAACCAAAGCGAGCCGAUGAGGGAGGUGACCGGCUCCGGAUACAUGCCCAUGCGUCCGUCUGAAAAAGAGAGAUCGUCGGAGUCAGAUGACGUAGAGGAGCUGUCUCUGGAUGCUGAAGAUCUGCUGAGUUUUUCUUAUCAGGUUGCCAAAGGAAUGGAGUACAUCACUUCAAAAAAUUGUAUUCACAGGGAUCUGGCCGCCCGAAACGUUCUGCUGACUCACGGCCGAGUCGCUAAGAUCUGUGACUUCGGUUUGGCGCGUGACAUCACCACUGACUCCAGCUACGUCCUCAGAGGAAACGCUCGUCUCCCGGUCAAGUGGAUGUCCCCCGAGAGUCUGUUUGACUGCGUUUAUACCUUCGAGAGUGACGUCUGGUCUUAUGGCAUCCUGCUCUGGGAGAUCUUCUCUCUUGGCAACAGUCCGUAUCCUGGAAUGCAAGUGGGCUCUGCGUUUUAUCGAAUGAUUCAGCAAGGACACAGAAUGAGCAGGCCCGAGUUUGCACCUGUAGAAAUCUAUGACAUGAUGCUGAGUUGCUGGAAUCACGACCCUUUGAAACGGCCGUCAUUCAGAAAACUGGUGGAGAGCACUGAACUGCUGCUGUCAGAAAACACUAGAAAUGUGUACCUGACUCUGAGUACUGUACCCGGUCACCCCGAUCAGCAGAAGGAGUCGGCGCGCAGGCUGAGCUCAGUGUGCAGCACCACAGCCCCCACCCAGCCUUUACUGCAGAGCUCUGGGGACGUUUUUGUGGAUUAUGAAUCUGUCUAAAGUGUACUAGCAUUCAGCGCGACACUAACCCCACUAUCUCCCAAAGAGCAAGAGCCAAACUACAGCGUGUAGAGUAGACUACUAACAAAACCUUCAAAACUCAAGCACCGCUGGCCGUUGUCCGACACUUACAGUAAACCGCACGUGCAAUGGCGUAUAUCAAAUCUCUGCUUAUCACUCCGGAUGCAGGGUCAGUGAAACUCCUUAAUGGAGGAUGUGAAUUGCAAUCAGUUUCAGUUUUAAAAUAUCUGUAGUGUACAUUUUGUGUUUAAUAUUUUGAGCUUGGUUUAUGGACUAAAUUUCACCCACUUUCAGUUUAUAAGCUCUAAUAAAAGUUUUGUUUGUUUUGUAAUGAUUUGUGAUGACGACAAGCAAAUAAUGUUUUUUUUUUUUGAUGAUUUGUCCGACUUGUAUAAAGAUGUAAAUACACUAGAAAUGUGCCUUUUUAUGUUAAAGUUCUUCAUGCAUUUGACUUUCUGUUGUUAUUGUUGGGAGCUGUUUGUACAGUAUUUUGAAGGUAACGUUCCUGCAAUUUUGAUACAGUGGGUUGACUUGUCAUAAUAAAAAAAGUACUUGUGAUGGU